AUGAAGGUCAACCUGGCUUUCUUGUUUCUUUUCAUUCUCAGCCUCGCAGCUGCCUCUGCAGUAACAGAUCCUUACCUCGAAGCUCGUGAGGCAGAUGCGUAUGAAGAUGGCCUCUACGAACGUGACUCUACCGUGAAGCACCUCCAGCGCGACCACAGUUGUAACCAGCAGGAACCCCGAUGUGAGCCAGGACACUGGAAUUCGAACAGCUGCAAGUGUAACGGUCAAUGGUGCGACAAUUUUGAUCCCCAUUGCAACAACUGGAGCUGGAACCAGUGCAAAUGCAUAAAAAAGUGCGACCGCCCUGACCACCGCUGCAAGCCCGAUGACUGGGAUUGGAACAGUUGCCACUGUAAGGGCAAGUGGUGUGAUAAUUACGAUUCCAACUGCAAAACAUGGAAUUGGGAUAUGUGCCAGGGCAAGUGGUGCGAUAAUUACGAUUCCAGCUGCAAAACAUGGAAUUGGAAUAGGUGCCAGUGCAAGAAAGUCUGCAACGGAGCAGAUCCUCACUGUAAGCCUGGUGAUUGGGAUUGGGAUAAAUGCCAUUGCAGGGGGAAAUGGUGUAGUAACUAUGACUCUAACUGCAAGUCAUGGAACUGGGAUACAUGUCAGUGCAAGAAGGUCUGUCAUCAAGCAGAUCCUCAUUGCAAGCCCGAUGACUGGGAUUGGAACAGUUGUCACUGUAAGGGAAAAUGGUGUGACAACUUUCAGCCCAGCUGCAAUAACUGGAACUGGGAUCAUUGCAGGUGCAAACACAAGUCCUAG